GGUCGCGCAGAGCAUAGUCGAUGGCAUUGCUCGGUUCUGCAGGCAAGUGAGUGCCUGGAGAUGCUGCGAGGCUGCGCCGCCGACGGGCCAAUCAAGUAGUACUGAAGUCCGAACGGGCCUUCAAAUCUCCGACGACCCUUCCACUUUCGACUCAUCGCAGCAACCCCACGUUUGUGACUGGAGUAUUGUAGCAAUUAACUUUCUAUCACAACCACAAAAAUGCCUGGAACAAGGGGCCCUGUACCCGUGCCGCUCGAGACUAAAGGCCAGAAUCUCACACAAGAAAUCCUCGAUCUCCUCGACACUAAGGAGCCCCUCCAGAGCAAUGAAGACUUCCCCGCAAUAUCGCAAGCUGAAAUCAAGGCUGCGCUGGACAGGCUAGCGAGUCGCUCUAUGGUCCAAUACAAGUCUCUGGACUCGGAGAAAGUUCUUCUCACACCAGAGUCGGAAGGCAUAGUAGCGGAUGGCAGUCACGAAUUCAGGGUCUGGCAGUAUGUCAAGGAGAAGGAGAGAGUCCCAAUCGCAGACCUACCUAACAUUUUCGGAAAGGAAGUUGCGAGUGUAGGACAGGGCAAUGGGUUCAAGAACAAGUGGAUAAAGAAAGAUGGAAGCGACAUCAUCCUCCUCCAAACCGAAGAGCCGAAAGAUCUCAACCGCGAACUCCUCCAAGGCAUCAAAGACACCCAGUCUCUUGACGACGCCAAACUCCUCGCUCAGCUGAAGAAGAAGAAGCUCGUCACCGUUACGAAAGUCAUUACAUACACCAUCACAAAGGGCCCCAAGUACGCGAAGGAAAUACCAGUAGAACACACGGACUUGACUGUGGAGCUGCUCACGAACGAUGCAUGGAAGACCGCCAACUUCAAGCCCUACAACUUCGCUGCGCUCGGCGCAAACCAAGAUUCUGGCGCAUUACAUCCCCUAAACAAGGUCAGGCAAGAGUUCAGGAAUAUCUUCUUCUCACAAGGCUUCGUCGAGAUGCCUACAGGACACUACGUCGACACCGGUUUCUGGAACUUCGACGCGCUCUUCGUACCACAGCAACAUCCCGCCCGCGACAUGCAGGACACCUUCUUCGUUUCAUAUCCACCAAAAGCCGACAAGCCGCGGUUAGACCCUGCGAACGAAGCGACGAUGGACCGCAUGGAGGCUGGAUCAAAACGGCUUUUCUCCACACCCGAGAGCGAGAAGAAGGAGAAGAAGCCCCGAGACUUUGAGAAGUACUGGCAAGACGUCAAGAAGGUCCACCAAGAAGGCGCUUUCGGCUCAAUAGGAUACCGAUACCCAUGGGAAGAGGAUGAAUCCCUCCGCCUCGUCCUCCGCACCCACACAACCGCAGUUUCAACAUGGGCUCUUCAUCGCCUAGCCGAAGACCCACGCCCCGCCCGCUACUUCUCCAUCGACCGCGUCUUCCGUAACGAAACCGUCGAUGCGACCCAUCUCGCCGAGUUCCACCAGAUCGAAGGCGUCAUCGCGGAUUUUGGCCUCACACUAGGCGGCCUGAUGCGCUUCCUGGAAGACUUCUUCGCCAACAUGGGCCUGACAAACCUUCGCUUCAAACCCGCCUUCAACCCUUACACCGAGCCCAGUAUGGAGAUCUUUGGCUUCCACGUCGGUCUCGACAAGUGGAUCGAGAUUGGUAACAGUGGUAUGUUCAGGCCGGAGAUGCUGGAGCCCAUGGGUCUGCCCAAGGAUAUGCGCGUAUACGGAUUCGGUCUCAGUUUGGAGAGGCCAACGAUGAUGAAGUACGGGGUUUCGAACAUCAGAGAGUUGUUGGGUCAUAAGGUGGAUUUGAGCUGGAUUCGGGAACAGCCGGCUGUGCGCUUUGACAAGGAGUAGGGUAGUGGACGAGACAAAAGUAGACGAUGCGCAUGAUUGUAACGAUAGAACGUACUCUGUGCAAAUGAUAUCCAAAUCAAGAUCCAAAAGGUUUCUGAGAGAUGAGUUUAUUGUUGCUGCUUCGUAGUGUCUUCACUAUCUCCCGCGCCAACCUCCCUGGUUAUUGAUCGGCUGACAGCACCUCGACGCUGGACAGUUGGAUUCUUCAAAAGCGUUCCUCUUCGUC